AUGUCGUCUUGGGAUCACGUUACUAGAUUUGUGAAGCGCAUCAACUUCCCCAGUGAUACUCCUUGGGGUGAUGCAGUGCUCGAAGAACGCCAGCACGAUCCAUGGUCCAAAGCCGGCAAGUAUGGAAGAGGCUGGGUGUAUUUCUCGUUGGUGCUGCUGGCAAUAACGACUGCAAUUCGCUUUUACCAUACCUGGGGGGAUCGGGUCAGAAUUGCUUUGCACAGAGAGAAACCACGGGCAGGAAUUCAAUCUCCUCAAGACGAAUAUGAGCUUCCGAGCGCCGCCACCGACAGUUCGACUACGCUGUUCUUCCCGGCACAAGGGCCCCUCCAUGCCAAACAGCAGCAGUCUUCCGUUUCAACUGUUGCGCCAUUGAACAAUGCCAUUGCACUCGCGCGCUGGAUCUUCUAUCGUUCGCUCCCGGAGAUCCGAUUAGGGAAAUACCGAAUCGUUUUUCCUUCGCUAGGAGCGUCGGCAAUCAUCCUCGCGGCCCUGAUAUUCGUUACGCUCUAUUGCUUCGUUCCACAGCCGCUCUACUACUCGUCUAACAGGAUCGGAUCGCCCCCUUUGGCUAUCCGCGCAGGAAUGUUGGCAGUCGCAAUGAUUCCGUGGAUUGUGGCGAUGAGCACCAGGGCAAAUUUUAUCAGUAUGUUGACUGGCAUCGGCCAUGAGAGGUUGAAUGUGCUUCAUCGGUGGGCUGGCUACAUCUGCCUGUUUCUGAGUCUCGUCCACACGAUCCCGUUCUACAUAACACCAAUCUGGGAACAUGACAUGCUGGAGAUAUACCAACUUUACCUCACCCCGCACAUUUACGUUUAUGGAACAGGGUUGGCGGCACUUGUUCCCCUGUGCUUUCUAUGCAUUCACUCAUUACCGAUUUUGCGCGACUGGAUGUAUGAAUUGUUUCUGAAGGUCCAUCUUCCCGUGUCUAUCAUAUUUGUUGCCAUGCUCUUCUGGCACACGAAAAACUACCUAUCGUCAUGGGCCUACCUGUGGUCUACAAUUGCCAUACUGGUCCUUUCCUACGUUGUGAGGUUGGGCUACCUCAACUGGACCAACCCUUUGCGACUGUCGUUUAUGAUUGGAGAGGAUUCCGCGGUCACUGUUCUGCCACAAAAUGCGAUCAAGAUCACAAUUCCGACUCAGAUGAGGUGGAAGCCUGGGCAAUAUGUAUACCUACGCAUGCCUGGUGUCGCUUUCUUUCAGAACCAUCCUUUCACUAUCGCCUCGUUAUGCAGCAAUGAUUUACCCUCCAACUACGGCGAUGAAUACCGCGACUUGGCCCUUGUCUUUCGCCCAUUUCGUGGAUUUACGCGCAAUGUGCUUCGAAAAUCCGUCGAAUACGGACCGUUCAAAACAUGGACGGCUUUCCUUGAGGGGCCAUAUGGAGGUAUGCGGCGGCAGAUGGCAGCUUUCGAUGAUGUGAUCUUCUUCGCAGGCGGUAGUGGCAUUACUGCUAUCGCUAGUCAUUUGUUGGACUUGAUCAAGAAAAUGCGCGAGGGCAAAGCUGUCACGAAAUCAGUCCGAGUCAUUUGGGCCCUAAGAGACCCGGAAUCCAUUGACUGGUUCAAGGAGGAAUUGCGCAUCUGCAGAGACCAUGCGCCUCUUAACUCUGUGCACUGCUACUUCUACCUCACAGGUGCCAAGGACGACAGCGGCCACCCAUUCCCCGUCCAAGACCAGCAGCUGUACCGCGAUAUCGUACAGGAGAAGAUCUACGAUACGCUCCAGGAAAUCGAAAAGCGCAGCUCAGCAUACAUCCGCGAGGAAGCCGCCGGGGACGAGGAGCGAGAGAAGGAACUGCGUCGCGAAAACGAAGACACCCUCACGGCCCUACCUCCUCGCGUCUACACCUCAAAUUUACCGCGGUCAUCAAACUACCAGUCGCCCCAACAAAGCACCAGCCUCUCACCAUAUCAACAAUCUCCCUACCAGUCGCCUUACCAAUCUCCCUACCAAUCCCCACAAUCCCAAUUCCCACAAUACCAAUGUCCAUCCACGUACCUCCAACAAUCACCCUAUAUCUCGCCUCAAAGCCCACCAAACGCCCCCUUCGACUUCGGCUUCAGCCAGUCCCAGCAGCAAUCCCAGUCCUACUUCCCACCACAACCGCAACCCCCAACGACAGCCCCUCCCCAACUCACAAUCCAAACCGUCCCCGUCGCAACGCCGCGUCCAAACCCGCGCUUCGCAUCGCUACCUUUGCAGAAACGCAACGGGUGGAAAGUCGAAUACACCCGCCCCAACGUCCCUAAUAUGCUCAAGGAGUUUUCCAAGACGUUCGGCCGCCGGACAUGCGUUUAUGUCUGUGGGCCUCCGAGUCUGCGCAUGGAUGUCUCCGAUGCUGUUGCGGGGCUGCAAUCGCUUGUGUUGACGGAUUCGUCCAAGGAUGAGAUUUUCCUGCAUGCGGAGAACUAUAAUAUUUAA